UCGUUGGGUGCGUUAGGAUGGCCGUGAAUGUGCGAUUGUUGAUGGGUUCGGUGUUGCUGGUGCUGCUACUGUGGGCCGGUUGUCUCGUCCAGCAGAGUAGUGGCCAGCUGGGCUCUGGUGGUGGUUCGUGGCUGGACAAGUUUAACAAACUGCUCAGUAGAUCGAAGACGCGUAACGCAACGGAAGACAACGAGGUGCUCGAUUCGGUGGAGUAUGAUUUCAUCGUGGUCGGUGGUGGAACGGCCGGAAUGGUGUUGGCCACCCGGCUGUCCGAGAAUCGUAACUGGAAGGUGCUGCUGCUAGAGGCUGGCCAGUAUGGUACGAAGCUGUUCAACAUCCCGAUCGGGUUCCAGCUUGCCGUACUGUCCGAUGCUUACAACUGGAAGUUCUUGAGCGAACCUCAGCGUCAUGCCUGUUGGGGAACGAUCGAUGGCCGUUGUCCGGUUGAUAUUGGUAAGGGCGUUGGUGGCAGCACGCUCAUCAAUGGACUUAUCUUCUCCCGCGGCAAUCGUGACGAUUACGAUCGUUGGGCAGCGGCCGGAAAUGAUGGAUGGUCGUACGAUGAGGUGUUGCCCUACUUCCGCAAGUUUGAAAAAUCUACCAGUGAAAAGCCGGACGGUAAGUUCCGUUCGGCAGGUGGUCCUCUCCGUGUAGAACGAUCGGCAUAUCGAUCGGAGCAUGCGCGUAUCUACCUCGAGGCGGCAAAGGAAGCCGGCUAUCAGCUGGUUGAUUAUAAUGGCCGUACCCAGUUUGGAAUAUCACCUGUGCAAGCAACGAUGACAAAGGGACAACGAUUGUCAGCGUAUAACGCGUAUCUUCAGCCCGUUCAGAAGAAGCGUACAAACCUGAAAACGUUGACCGGUGCACUGGUUACGAAGAUUAUGAUCGAUCCAACUACGAAAGUGACCGAAGGAGUCCGGUUCACCAGAAAUGGUCAGCAGUUUGAAGUGCGCGCGCGUAAGGAAGUGAUCCUGUCCAGUGGUGCCAUCCUUACUCCGCAGCUGCUGAUGGUAUCGGGUGUGGGACCUCGCGAACAUCUGGAAUCACUCGGCAUACCGGUGGUGGAAGAUCUUCCCGUCGGCGAAACCCUGUACGAUCAUCUGGGCUUUUCCGGCCUACAAAUCGUGAUGAACGGUACCGGAUACUUCGCACCCGGUGAUAUCCCUACGUUCGAAAACUUCUACGAAUAUCUCAAGGGCAAGGGCGUUCUCACCGUGCCGGCCGCAGUGGAGCUCGUCACCUACCCAAACCUAACGCUCGCCGGCCGACGUGGACCAACGCUGGAGCUUACGAAUCUGAUCAGUUCGUUCGCGGUGGACAAGGGCACGACGGCCAAGAACAGUGUGCGGAUGCGAGACGACAUUUAUGAAGCCGUUUACCGGCCACUCGAGACGCAGAACCACUUCACGAUCAUCGUGCAGAAUCUACACCCACUGUCCAGGGGCACGGUACGGCUGCGCAGUGCCAAGCUGUCCGAUGCACCGGUCGUCGAUCCGAACUAUCUGGCCGAAGAGCUGGACGUGGACGUGGUGCUGGAAGGCAUUCGUGAGGUUCAGCGUGUUCUCGAGACGGAGGAGAUGCGUCGGUACGGUGCGACCGUGUGGGCCGCACCGCUACCGAACUGUGUGCAGCACGAGCGCGACUCGGACGACUACUGGCGCUGUGCGGUGCGUACCGUGUCGUUCUCGCUGACCCACUUCACGUCCAGCUGCAAAAUGGGGCCACCGACGGACGACUAUGCGGUCGUUGGCCCCGACCUGCGGGUGUACGGUGUGGAGAAUUUGCGCGUCGUCGACGCGAGCAUCAUCCCGGAACCGGUUUCCGCGCAUCCGAUGGCGGCCGUGUAUAUGAUCGCGGAAAAGGCGGCCGAUCUGAUCGCACAGCAGUACGCCGACGAUUGAUCUUGCGGCGGGGAAGCGACACUCUCCGGGGAGGGGGGAAGAGAUGGCGGGCGAGACUUUCUCGACGGUUUUGCGACUCUGUGAUGGCCGUGCCGUGUCGUAAUGGGGCAAACGAGCCAUGAGUUUGAGCGGAUGCUUGGCGAUUAUCACAUCGUUUGGCUGGAUGGUUCAGGAAGGAUGCCGGCGCUCAGGCCCGGCCGUGCUGAGGUUUAUUAGGUUAGGAAGAAGCACAACGAUCGAUAAUAAAUUAGCAUUAAUAUUAUACAAACUUGCGUAAUGGGCGCCGUCCCAGAUGGCUUAGCUAGUUUCUGGUGUUGAGGGAAAAUUUGGCCGAUUCACAUCUGGAACGCAGAUCCACCGCCAAGAUUGGGCAAUAGAAGGAAAUCUGAAUGCGGAACGAUGCCAUUACAUUCUUAAAUGAUCAUGAAAAGAUUUUGAAACUGAUCAGUUAAGAAGUUUCAAAUAUAAUCAUAUUUCGAUCGUUCGAAAAACAUUCAAGUUUUUGUACUUUAGUACAGGUUUGAGGAUGGA